AGAAGACUGUCGCCGUUUGUCAACAACGACGGAAUCAAAAACCGACCAUGGCGGCCCAAACGACUGCUGAUGAAGUCUGUAAAUAUGCCUAUGAGGGGAACUUGGCUGUUUUGAAGCUGAAAAUACAGGGGAAUAAUUCAUUUUCAUCCCGGAAAGACACUAGUGGUCGUGCUCCCUUGCACUGGGCAGCUUCUGGUGGACACACAGACAUCGUGGCAUAUCUUUUGGAGUUGCAAGUGCCAGUGAAUGACAGAGAUGAGACCCAGUGGACACCUCUGAUGAUAGCUUCCUCAGCUGGUCACUUACAGAUUGUGUAUGACCUGAUGGGUCAUGGUGCUCAAGUCAAUGCUGUCAAUAAUACUGGCCAGUGCUCUCUGCAUUAUGCAGCAUCGAAAGGGCGUUUGGAGAUUUCAGAAACUUUAAUCAAACAUGGCGCUGAUGUGGAUCCCACUGAUUCUGUUGGACAUACUCCUCUCCACCGUGCUGCUAGCAAGGGCAACCUGAAUAUUGUGAAACUCCUGAUCUCAAACAAAGCCAAUUUAGACUUGAGGGACAUUUCAGGAUGCACUCCAUUGCAUCUUGCAUGUGAGGAUGACAGUGGAGAGGUUGCCAAACUGUUAAUAGAUAAUGGUGCUAGAACUGACAUCAGGAACAAUGAUAAAAAAACAGCUUUUGAAUUGGCUCCAAGAACACUGAAAAGGAAUCUUGAAAGCGCUCUUGAUCGGUGAUUGACAUCUAGUGGUUAAAUAUGUGUCCCUAUGCUUGAGGGGAAUGAAAAGCACUUGUACAAAAUCAUUCACUUUUUCCUCUCCGUUUCCAUCGUUUCAGAAAAUAAAUUGUGAACUCAAAG